AUGGGCAGCGGCAGCAGCCGGAGCGGCCGGGCCCUGAGGCGGCUGCGCGGCCCCGACAGUCGGCGGGCGGGACCCGGCGGGGCGGCCCCGGAGGGCGGGACGCGGCCUCUGGCCUCGGCGACGGCGGCGGCCGCCCGGGAGGAGGCCGGGGAGGCGGAGGCGGCUGAGCGCGCGGCCCACCCCGGCCCCGGCCCCGGCCCCGGCCCCGGCCCCCGCCCCGGCCCCGCCGCGCCCCCCGACGGCGGGGACGAGACCCUGCGCCUGCUGGACCAGCUGCUGGCCGAGUCGGCGGCCUGGGGCCCGGGGGAGCUGGCCCCGCGGGGCCCGGAGCCGCCCCGACCCGCAGCCGGCGCCGGGAGCCCGGUGCCCUCAAAACAGAGCGCCGGCGAGCACCCAGAGGGCAGCAGCGUCUCCAGAGCCCCGGGCGGCAGCCCCAGGAGGCCCGAGAGGCAGCCGGGCACCUCGGUCAUCUCGUACGACUACUCGGAAGAGGAGCUGAUGGCCAGCAUCGAGCAGGAGUACUGUCGCUGAGGGCGGGGACAGCCCUCCUCCGCCACCCGCCCCCGCCGGACUGGGGACUGGGCCUGUGCACCCCCGCCUGCCCCUGCCCUGCCCAGGCUGUGGCUGGAGCUGAGCCCCCUUAGACACGCGGUUACGCCGAGCUCCUUCGAAACAUGCGGCUUCCUGCUUGCAGCGAGGGGGUCAGCUGUGCAGCUCGGCCCGAAGGCGGCACGGGGCUGCCCCAGGGGUGCGGGCCGGGUGAUCCCUCCCACACCCCUCCCUGGGUCUCUGGGGAGGGCUCGGCCACGAGGUUGUCCCGCAGCCUGCAAUGCUUCCCCUCCCUGCUGGCCCUCUGCCCCGCCCGGGACAGCUCAGACUGGCUCCCAAGGCACUUCCUGGCACGGGCAGCAGGCUUGCUGAGCUGGCGGGAGCCCCCCUGGUUCUGCACUAGAACCACCUGGUCCGGGCCUGAGAGUCUGCAUUUCUAACCAGCUCCCGGUGACACCCAAGCUCCUGGACAGCCGCCUCACUCGGGGGAGGAAGGAUUGAGUCCAAGCUCUAGACCUUAUGUGACUCUUCCUUCCUAGCGCUGGGGCUGCUCAGAGCCACAACCCCCCUGGCUCUCUGAAGACAGGCCUGUUCCCCUCCUCGGCAGGUGUGGCGGGCGGAGAGUGCACGGCUGGGAGCUGGAGCCCUCAGUUCUGAUCCUGCAACCACUUCCACCCUGUGGGCCUCAGUUUCUCUCUCUAGAAAUGGGGUCCUGACAAUCUGGGGUUAGGCAAUUCCAGGCUUCCCCUUGCCUGAUCUCUGCUCCCUGCCUCCCCCCCACCCCCCACCCAAGGGCGCAGAACUGCCUCUGUUGCUGCAGGGGAGCACCCCCGCCCACCUGAAGGAGGUCUUGAGGAACACCUGCUAUCACCACACCACCGACUGCCCGGUGGGACCAGUUUACUCUCCUCCCACUGGGUAGAAGGUCAAAAGUCACGGCCAUGAGGCCAGGAAAGCCCCAGAACAUUCCCAUCUGACAGAUGAGAAAGCCGAUUUGCCAGAGAUGCCUGUGAGUCCCAGGCAGGCCCAGGAGAGCCACAGCCAGACUGGAAGAUGGGACUCCUGCAGGGGCCCAGGCGGGGCCGGCCUGGGAAGAAGGCUCUGGUGGCAGGCGGUUCGGGGAGCAGCGGGGAGGGUGUCGGAACAAAGGGGCAUGUGGGCGCGACGUCAGCUUUGGCCAAAACCAGAAUGGGUCUCAGCUUGUCACAUUUACCACCAACUCAGCAGCCUCCCUGGCAUCGUCUGCAAGAUGCAAGAGCUUUCCGGAUGCAGACGCAGGGCCCCUUGGCACUGUCCCCAGACCCACAGGCCUGUUGCCGUCACAGGCAAACGGGUGUUUCCAUGAACUUUUAUUACUUGGCAAGACAGUCUUUGAUCAGAUGUUCCACGGCUGGAAGAUUCUUACUGCCGAGCCAGAGGGUGGCGCGCAGAGCCUUCCAACUACUGCCCCUCGGGGAGCGGCUCCAGACCCACCCCCCCACGCCCCCCCCCCCCCGAAGCGAGAGCUACUCCCCACCCAAGCCCAAAUCAUUUCUUUUGACCAAAGAUGAAAGCCAUUACCAUUUUAAUAAUAUAAAUAUUUCUUUGAAAAAGACAAUAAAAUUUUAUUUCUCACCACCAGACCAGGUCUUCAAUUUAAUGAUGCAAAAUGUUUACAGUUUUACAUCGUUAUUCUGUUAAAACGGAACAUGUUCAGCCAGUUUCCUGAAUUUUCCAGUGGAAACCUCAUACAACUCUUAAUGAGGUAAAAGUGAUAAGAAAAAGAAUAAAUUUCUCCUGUGGUUACUA